AUGAUCAGAAAUCCGAAUUACUCGAGUUUUGUAUGUUGUGCUGUUUGUAAUAAAAUAAUCCCACCAGCCCCUGCUGGGGAGAUCUUCAAACGAAUCCAUGAAUACAAGCCAUUCAAGACACGCUUUUAUACUCACAAAGAUAUACUGGAUAUUGGGGCAAGUAUUCAGAAUAAAGAAGAACAAUUUCAAGAAGCUCUGCUCAACCAACGCAUUGCAAAAGUAGAAGCUGAAGUGUGGGCUAAGGCCAAAGAAAGGCAAAAAGAAGCAGUGGAAAAAGCUCUUGAAGAAGCAAAUGACAAACACAAAAUUGACCUUCUUGUUCUGGAAGAGAAACAUCAAAAAGACCUACAGGACAUAGUGGAUAAAACCAGGUUACAGAUGCUUCAAAAUAUGGAAGAAGAAAUGAAGAGAGAAAACUUGGCUGCAGAACAACGCAUGGUCCACAGAAUCCAAAGGAUUAUGAUGGAGUGCCACAGGGAGAAGGUCCAGGCCGUGGAGAAGGCCAGGGCUGAGGAAAGACUAAAAGCCCAAAAAGAAAUCCAGGCCCAGAGAAGGAAGACCAUGGAGGAUUUUGUGAGUGCUGGUGUAUCCGUUGUUAAAAGUCAGAAGAAGGGUGUGGAACUGUUGAUAAAGGAAAAAGAACAUGAAAUGAACAUGUACUAUGGCAUGGCUCAUAGGCAGAAGCAAGAGGAGGUCCAGGAAGUGCUUCAAGAAGCAGAGAAAACACAUCAGGUUACACUAGGCAAUGUGAUGGAUAAACUGGUUAACACUCAAGAGGAGCUGCUGUCCAUAGCAAAACAGCUGGGAAUCAUGACAAACUGGAAAGAUUUUCUGGAGGAGGAAUUACAGGAAACCAGGGCAGCAUUUCAAAGAUAUAUCAAUUAUACUUUUCCUUCGCUUUCACCUGGGCAUGCCGAUUUUAUUCUGCCAGAAAGAAAGAAAACACCUUCAAAACUUGUUAUUAAUGAGAAUGAAACAACUCUUAAUUAG